GCUAAAGGCCGACACGAGAAGAUGGAGAUGGUCAAGUCUUACUUAGCCCACACUAGUAAGAAGAUGAAGAAAUGGGCGAACAAGAAGAGGCGGCAUUUGGGGUCGAAGAGGGAGACAUGGUGAUGGUGAAAUUCUACCCUCAUCGCUUCAAGCAUCUCAAGAACGUGCAGAAGGGACUGCUUUGCCGCUAUGAAGGUUCAUUCCCCAUCGUGAAGAGGAUUGGCAAAGUGGAGUACAAGGUGGAGAUUCCGUCCACAUUUAAAGAUCCAUCCGGUCUUUUAUGUGAGCCAACUCAUGGCUUCAACGAAGACAAGGAGGACGAGAGGCCCACAAAGUCACAUCACACAGCAACACUCGUCACCAAGACACACAACCAUGAAGUCCAGAGAUCAUGGCACGUCGUGUCAUUCCUCGUCGUGGCGUUCAUCCUAGUUAUGUGGAGUACUUGGUCAAGUGGCGCAACCUUCUAGAGAGUGAGGAAAGUUGGGAAAAUGAGCUCUCACUUUGGAAGAACAAAGACUUGUUCGAGGGUUUCCACCAAGAGUACGCGGUGAGGGCGUCGCGAGCACAGGUGGGGGAGGAUGUCACAUUUGGUAGAUGACAUGGCACCAUCUAGGUGACAACAUGGCGUGCACGUGUGGCGUGUAUGGAAGACUAGGAGGAUAGAGAUGCCUCUAGGAUUCUCCCAACCUUUAUAAGCAUUAUGGUGCACUUAUGGGUCACAUUAUGGGUGGUAUUAGUGGGUGCAUUAUGAGGGGACUUUAUGGGUGUAUUGAUGUAGAGGGACCAUUAUGAGGGUGGCAUUGAUACCUUGUAUGUGGAGAGGCCUAUAUAAGGAGCCAUCUCCCUCGCUUGUAACUCAUCCAUCAUUUUUUAAGAAAACACACUAGAGAGAUCUCCCAUCUUCUUUGUCUUUGUUCUUGCUUUCUUUGCUUGCUUGUGAGUUUGAGAGAAGGCUUCUUAGUUCUCUAAUGGAAUUGAGAUCUAAGGCCACACGACCGAGAGUAAGGCCGUGGCAGCACCCACGGGGGACAAGGUUGAGUUGUCCUAAGAGUGUUCCGGUAGAGCAUUUUGACAUAACUUCAUCUUGCCAGUAGGCCUGGCCAUCCACUUGUGAGAUAAACUACUGAACUUUUGGAUAAAGCUUCAGAAGCUGCUUCCAACACCAUGAACCCACAGUUCCUUGAAAGUGUCGGAAACUUUAUCUGUGCCCUUAAAACUACAUUCUCAAGUAGGCAAUCAGUUCUGCAGUUGAAGCUUUUACUUGUAACAGGGAGGAACUAGCAUCACUUUGUAGGAGUACCCCACUAAAGAUCAACUAUUAUCUCUUCCGAACCCAAUUUUUCAAUGAACGGUGCCACACAUGUUGGCCUUACCCCAUGCUUCAAAUUUUGAACAUGGAGGACCAAACUCAUUCUUUUUAAGCAUAUCUAUAGAACCAAACAUCAAACAAGUGUCCAAAACAAAAAGAGAGUCAUCGAUACCGCACGAACCAAAUGUCUUGAGACCACUAAUUCACACAAUCAACCAACACAGUAUGAAAAGGCUAGGGGACUUCUCAUGCAUCAACAUCCUCCAUAGUGCUACAUUGACCUCCAUAAGUUGCAUAUAACCAUGUAGACUAGUAAUUCAAAGCAUAUUGAGCAGGAAAUUUGCAAGGGACAAUGCACUUAGAGCCCUCAAAUCUUAAAAGUUUGGACACUGGACUAGGCCCCAAGCACACACAUACAACCAAACAUUCACGCACAUACAUAAUGAUACAUAACCACCACACUUAAGCAUGACAUUGUCCUCAAUGGAGGAAAGAUAGGAAGGGUAGAAAACGAAGAUACCGGAUUGGGUGUGAAUGAUGGUGGAUGGGGCAGGCAGUGCAUUCCAAGGGUAGAGAGUCGUCAGAACUCAAAUAACAAGAAAAUCUCACAAAGUUUGAGUUACUGACUCGAAAAUCAUAGCACAAAAUUGGCUCAAUCGAAGAGAAAUAGGGAAAGAAAUGAAAACAGAUUGGUUGAGUUGCCUCCCAUUAAGCGCUUAUUUCACAUCGUGAGCCGGAAAGUGACUCAUAAGCUUAAGUCCACCCCAAAACCUCCUUGAAGAUCAGGUUCUUGUUGAUGAGGUGGAGUCUCAAGUCACGAGCAUGUGGUUUAGAAGGUGAUGUGGGCUAGUGAACUUGAUGAAGAUGAAGUCUCCACCCUCGAGACCUCUUAUUCUUUCGUCUAAUUGCCCCAAACUAGAUAUGAUAUCAUCGAUUGACUACCAUCGUGUCCACCAAGAGAAGGAUCUCUCGAUGUCCCGAGCAAUCUUCUCCACAUCAAGCUCCAAUUGAAUCUUCAGCUCUGGCCAUGGAGUGUAGCAUGGCUCUGCAGAAUGGCCCCUGAAGGCCGCCAUGGCUAACACCAGCUCCACUGGCCCCUCUGGUUGUAGCAGGAGUUCUUCUUGAUAAGUAGAUUAUUCUUAAAAUGCCCAGGGGUUUGAUUGUUCUUCGUAGUAGGGGGAUUGGUACUGAAGCCCCAAUCCGUAUCCUUAUCCUCCUUGAUUGCUCGAGGAAAUUUUGGAGUAAUACCACUCAAGUGGUGUGUAUACCCCAAUGGAUGGAGAACCAUGAGGAUCCAUGUUUCAUAUUUUCACCAACAAAAACAAAACACCCGAAAUUUCCCGACAACAGCGCCAAAAACAUGACUCACAAAAGCACAACACUCCUAACAAUGGCCAUAUGUAACCAUUGAAAGAGACUGCAGUAUAGUGGCACAUGUAAUAAAUAUCGAAUCCACUGGUCUCUAGAGUUACUAUUACUCAGGUUUGGUUCAUUAUCUAGCAACCAGAUUAAGAUAGAAGAACUAUAAUUACUCUAGCAAACUACAGUUAAAGUUAAUCUAAUUACAUAUUAGGAACUCCUUUAGGUAUGAUUCUAAAAAACUUAAGUGAAGGAAAGUUACUCCAUAGAGAAUAGAGAGAAUACAGUAUAACUUUCCAUAACUUCAAUAUUCAUGUCUAGGCUUGUUCCUUGAGCUUCCAAAGCAAAGAAGUCCUCCAAUUACACUCCAAGAUCGCCCUAAAAUCACCCUCUCUCUCUUUGGUUCAUCCCUUGGGUGUCUGUGAACCGAAACCCAACUCUCCUUCUCAAGAAAUCGCAAAACAGCCUUUUAACAACAGUUGGAAUUUCCACGACUAGUUUGCACGGCCGUGUAAAUAUUUAUACCACUGUGCAAACUCCAAAAUGCACCGUUACACUUUCUCGGGCAAGGGGAAAAGCAUGACCUUGAUGUGGAAAAACACGGUCGUGUAAAUCAGAGCUUUGAUCGUGUAAACUCUUUGAAAACCUUGCACGACCAUGUAAAUAUUUGCACGACUGUGUAAAACUUCCAGCCUUAACUCCUAUGCUCCGUUAGAGCUCGUUUGACCUUUGACUGCCCGGGAACUUGUGUCCAAGCCUUUCUUUACUUGUUAGGGGUUGAAAUACAUAAAAUGAGCACAAACUAGUUUAAAAUAGGCCAAGGAAUGAUCAAUCACCAAGCUAAACGAUCAAGAAAUGGAUGGAGAAACAUGUGCAAAUACAAUGUUAUCAAUUACCUUUGACCUUUUAAUAAUUAUUUAAAAAUGGUUAGCUACAGAGACACUCUAUCUCCAAUUUACAAUACCAUAUAAUAUAAUAUUAAUGCAAUAACCAAAGAUCCAAAGAAAAUAGCGACAAAUGCAAUGUUCCUCUUUGUAGUUUAUUGCCAUCAUCAUUAGAACUACAAAUAAUCAAGUUUUAUAUUUACACCAUGCAAUUUAAUUCCCUCAUAGACAUCUAAUAAACAACUUAUAUAAAUUAGUUGAUGGCUAGCAUAGAGUAAUUGAUGUUGUAUUUUUAUCAUAAAAUGAGGGUUUACAGUUUAGAAUUGAUUUGAGAUUAGAGAUUGUGUAAACUUGAUCUACAUAGGUAUGGUGGGGGGGAUAACUAGAGUAUUAUUGUAAAAUAAAAUGAAAUAAAAAUAAUUGAAAAUAAAAAAUAAUUGUAAAUUUUUACAAUUUAUUUAUCAUUUGUAUGGCACAAGAAGUUAUGUGAGAUGAAUAUAUUAAUAAAAAUAAAAUCUAAAAUAAGAUUCCUAAAUUUCAUGUUAAAAAAAAGACUAAACACUGGAGAAAAAAUUAAUCAUACAUUUUAAUUGUACCGUGUUUCUCGGUAUUUUUGUGAAAGAUGAAUGUCGCUAACAUUAGGGUAUGCCUACUAUGACAUGCAUGUCACCGUGACAUGGACUUUUCGGUCGACCUAAUCCUGAAGGCGGUCGACCGAAUUGACUAAUUUGAGCAGCCCGAGAAAGCAUUGUGGUCGACCUCAAAGACCACCUGGUCGACCAUUCUUAGCUUAAGUUGUUAUUUUUGGUUGACCAGAAUAAACCUCGGUCGACCAUUUUGUUGGCGUCAGAAACAACAUGGUCGACCGUAAAGGUAUAUAGGUCGACCACUUGAUGGCAGUCAUUAACAACAUGGUCGACCAGAUAAAGAAAGAGGUCGACCAGAUAGACGAUAAGUGUUCUAUCAAUUUAGCCAAUCAUUUGACGUAAAAUGAAGAUCAAGUGUUGGUGUCGAGGUCGACCUAAUCCGGUACGAGGUCGACCGAAUACAAGAAAGUCAACCUAUGCCCCAUGUCUUUUUUGCUUAUGUAUGUCGAUUUGUGUGGUUCUUUUGCUCGUAUAAAUUACGCUUUAAACCAUCAUAACUAGUCAUAAAUAAUGAUAACAAGGACUCAUCAAUUAUGCUAUGAAAUGAGGUCGACCGCAAUGCUUUCUCGUUCUGCCCAAAUUAGUCAAUUCGGUCGACCGCCUUUAGGAUUAGGUCGACCGCAAUGCUUUCUUGUGCUGCCCAAAUUAGUCAAUUCGGUCGACCACCUUUAGAAUUAGGUCGACCGAAAAAUCCAUGUCACGGGGACAUGCAUGUCACCGUAGUAAAAUCCCUAACAUUAUUGUUUGAAAAAUAUAAGUAGUUUAUAAUGUAGCCAAAAGAAUUUUUAACAUACGAAUUUAAAAGUUGAGGAAUUGAUCGACCUACUUUGAAGUACACUUAUAACUAAAAAAAUUAAGUACUUAAUUAUAUAACCAAAAAUUUCUUUAAAAUUAAUUGACCUAGUUUGAAUUUGCAAAGACUAAUCAAUGCCCUUUGGUCAAAUUAAUUGAAUUAAACAAAGGAUUAUAUGUAUAAUAUGCGCUUCUACUAUGCAUUUUUUUCAAACAUGUCUCUCUACUUUAAAACUAUCAACUAAUUCUCAAAAGAUACCCUUUCGUUGGUUUUUCAUCCGAAAUAAGUUAUAUUCGGUCCAACCAUGAUAUACCCAGCAAAAUAAAAGGAAAAGACAUUUUUACCCUUUUAUUACUUUUAACCCAUCGACCUUGAGAAAUUUUACAAUGCUAUAUAGUAUUGGUGCUAUAGGUUUUUGCCUUGAUGGUACAACUUAAAAUUGUACAUUUAUGUUAUGGUACAACUUCAGAUUGUACCUAUACUUUUUGUACAAAUUCUUUUAUGGUACAACUUGAACUUGUACAUUUAUGUGAUGGUACAACUUCAAGUUGUAAAGUCGUACCAUAACAUAAUGAUACAAAUUGCUUUAUGGUACAACCUAAACUUAUACAUUUAAUGUUAUGGUACAACUUUGAGUUGUACAUUAAAGCACCAAUACUAUAUAGCAUAGUAGAAGUGCUCAUCCACCUUCUAUAAUUACCUUUGUUCAUUUAUUUUUGUUGAAUCCCCACCUCUCUUCUGGAAAUGGAAUAGAACCUGAUUUAUUCA